AUAUGGGGACGACCAGAAGUGUGGUAUAGUAGUCGAGCAAAGAGUUUACAGCAAGUGAAGUGAAAUAGUGCGAAUUGUCCCAAAGCAAAUAUGCUGUUGAAAGCAUUUAUAGUUCUGAGUGGUUUCCUGCUGCUUGGGGUUCAUUGCAAUGUAUACAGUGACCUGAACCUCUUCCACGACCUCCAACAGCAACCUUACAGACAGACAUGGAACUUCGACGUUCCUCAUUUCCAAUCAAGAAACGCUGCUUACCCAGGAGAUGAUACAGAAACAGACCGAGAACCCCUAGCACCAGAUUACAAAGACCCUGCACCCUCGAGCUCCGAACAGAAACCGAUUUUGGCGCCAAAGCCGAAACCUCCAAAGAAACCCAUCGACGCCGUCCUUCCUGGAGGAAUCAUAGACGUCGACGCCAGCGGAAUAGGAAAUCCUUUAGCAGGUCUGGGGCCAGAUUUUGAUUUCUCUUCGUCGUUCAACCUGAAUUCGAAACCGUUUGGGUUGGGUGAUAUAUUCGGCGGUGGGUUCAACACCAACCACUGGUGGAAAGGAAAAAAUGUUUGUAUAGAACGGGAAGAAAGUACAGACGACGAUGAUGGAGACGAUGAUGAUGAAGAAGACACCGAUGAAGGAAAGAAAAACGAAACCAGCGCAGCUCCCAAAUCUUUGCCGGACUUAUUUUCAACAUCAAUCAGCUUGUCCAACUGUUUUGAAACUGCUACCAAAUAUGAAUGCGUCACGAAGAUCAACAACCAUGGAGUAUUCAAAACCUUCACCGUUCGAUACAAGUGCUGUUACGGAUUCAAACGAUCUCCGGGAGGCGAAUGUUCUAAACAGUCAGAACUGAAACCGGUUUUGGAAACUCUCGACGAUUUGAAAACCAACGAAUUCAGAAAUAUGAUCAAGACAGUUGGACUCGAAAGCAAAUUUAUCGAUGGAAAUUUCUCUCUUUUCGUUCCCAGCGAUGACGCUAUCAACGAAUACAACGAAGACAUUGCAGAAACCAAUAACGUGGACGCCUUCAGACGCCGUCGAGGUAUGAGACAAUCUCUUUCAACGAGAGAGCUUGUGCUGAGCCACGCUGUAGGAGGCUUCAUUGACCUAACGGACUUCGGCAACGAUAAAGUCAUUAACAGCGAAUUUAACAACAACAGUAUCAGAAUAAAUAUCUACCCAACCCAGACCAACCAGAGACUGGUUACAGCAAACUGUGCAAGAGUAAAAACUGCUAAUGUUUUGGCAACCAACGGAAUAAUCCACGUUACAGACGGUGUUGUCGUUCCGGCAAUUGACGAUAUAGAAACCAUUAUCAAUCAACAUCCCCGACUCACAAAUCUCAAGAAAGCUUUGGAGAAUUCUGACAUACCUAGCCAUAUGAAACCGGAAGGACAUUAUACUGUUUUCGCACCAACAGAUGAGGCAUUCAACAAACUGGAUGAAGUUCAAAAACAGAAAAUUAUCAAUGGAAAUGGUUGUGCUGGAAGUAUUUUGAAAUACCAUUUCACUGCGCAUACAGUAUGUUCAUCGGCUAUCAUAGGAAAUGCAACCACUCACAAUGUUGAAGGCGAUAUUUUGAACCUCGAAAGAACAGUCGAUGAUGAAGUAAUUUUUGAUGGAAAAGCGAAAAUUGUGGAAGCCGAUAUUAUUGCAACCAACGGCAUCAUCCACUUGAUUGACAACAUCAUCAUUCCAGAUUCAGGCCUGUACAUCGAAAGCGUCCUCAAGCAUCAGAACUUCACGAAAUUCCAGGAGUUGAUCAAGCGCGCUGGUCUAGAGAAUGAAAUAAAUGAGUUGGUUAAUGCAACCGUAUUCGUGCCAAGUAACGAAGCGUUCGAGUCCCCAGAAGCUAAAGAACUCCUCGAGGAAGCGAAUAAUGACCCCGAAAAACUGAAAGAAAUCGUCCGGUACCACACCGUUCAAGGUGAAUUGCAAUCUGGAGAUAUGAACAACAACGAUAAGCUGGCCACUUACGACAAUGGAAAGGAAUUGAGAAUCAAUUUGUAUUCAACGCUUCCUUUAUUCACUAACAUCGUGAACCGUGCCACUGUCAACUGCGCACGCGUGCUUGGUUUCGACGAAAAAGCAUGCGGAUCUGUCAUUCACGAAGUCGGUAAGAUAUUGGUUCCGCCCACCAGAAACAUCUUGGACAUCAUCAACAGUGACAGUAAAUACUCUACGUUGCGCAGCAUUCUGAAAGACACAGAAGUCGAGAAAGUUUUGCAGGAAAAUAACAGGUCCGUGACAUUCCUCGCUCCCACAGAUGAGACUUUCGCUGCGUUGGACGAGAAGGAUAGAAAGAUUUUGGCUGAGGACAAGGAAAGGGCAAACUACGUUCUCAAAAACCAUGUGUUAACAGAAAUAUUAUGCUGUUCCGGGGUUGGCCCACAAACAUGGGGCUUCAGCAGCUUCGUGUCUACUUUAGGCAACCACCAAGUUGAAGUAGGUAGAACCGGCAGCAGAGUUCGCAUCAACAGGGCUGUAGUAACAAGCUGUGAUAACUUAGCAACCAACGGUAUCAUUCACACCAUAAACAGAGUGUUGCUGCCCCGUCAACCGCAAGUGCCGACCAUUGGCGGAGGCGGAUUUUUCUUAUUUGAUAUCUAGGUUCGGUGAUGUUCUUAAUAGUAUCAUCGUCUUUGACUGAAACGAUGUACUUUUCCAUUAAUUUUUUUCAGCUAUUUAUAGUUUGGAACUAUUUAUUUUAUUUUAUUCUAGGUUUUUAAGAUUUGAAUAAAUUUUUAAAAAUAAAAAAA